CAUGCAUAAAUGUAGGCAAUUAAGUAUACCGUUCCGUUCUGAUAGAUGUGACAAAUACCUAGUCUAUUGUACACUAAAUCUUGCAUUUGAUAUAUGGCAACAGGGCUGAUUGAGAGUUCACAAAAUUGUCUCGACUGUACAACCUAUGAUAUUUAGCCUUAUCCGGUAUGUAUGGUUCAUUUUCAUGUUUUGUUUCUGAUCUUGUUUAGUAAAAGUAGAAGACUUCUUAUGUCCUAAGCUCAGCCAAAGUCCUGCCUUAGUGUACAUGACGUGUGUUACACCAAGGACAUUAUACUGUCCUUGGUUACACCAAAGGGCGGGGAAACCGGCAGAACAAGACAGAAGCUGUGUUGUGGAGGGUCGAUCGAGGACGUGUUUUUUUUGCUCUGCAGAAACCUUGUGUGGCGCCAUGUCUGGAGGGCGGUCCCGUACUGCUGACACAAAAAAGGACGCCAUGAAUAUGCGGGAGUCUCAGACUGAUUGGACGCACGUCGCAGAUAAAGCUGCGACCACAGCCAACACCCUUUACGUUUCCGGAGCAGAUGUAAGAUCAAGUGAUGAUGACGACAAGACGAAAUGCAGCAAAAUUCGCAAAAUGCUGUGGAUAGCUAUCGACACUGUGUUUGCCGUGGCCAUUGUCAUAGUCCUGGCGUAUUGUGGAGCUACAGGGUUACUUGGGUCUACUGAAGAAAAGAUAUCCCUGGAAAUUGGUGGUCAGACUGGGUUGCCUGGGUCUACUGGAUCUCCUGAAGGAAAUGGGUCUGUGGGAAUGGAUGGUCAGACUGGGUUACCUGGGUCUCCUGAAGGAAAUGGGUCUGUGGGAAUGGAUGGUCAGACUGGGUUACCUGGGUCUCCUGAAGGAAAUGGGUCUGUGGGAAUGGAUGGUCAGCAUGGGCUACCUGGGUCUACUGGGUCUCCUGAAGGAAAUGGGUCUGUGGAAAUGGAUGGUCAGCCUGUGUUACCUGCUGGGUUACCUGGGUCCACUGGGUCUCCUGAAGGAAAGGUCCAUGUGGGAAUGGGUGGCCAGGUUGGGUUACUUGGGUCUACUGGAGAAAAGGUACCACUGAGUAUUGGUGGUGAGACUGGGUUGCCAGGGUCUACUGGAUCAAAGUCGCUGAGCUGCGGAAUACAGUGGGUGAUGAUGGCAAUGGGUGAUGGGGCUGGAAUUACCUGGUCCAUUGGGUCUCCUGAAGGAAAGGGCCAUGUGGAAAUGGGUGGUCAGACUGGGUUGCCUCGGUCUACUGGGCCUCCCGAAGGAAAGGGCCAUGUGGGAAUGGAUGGUCAGACUUGGUUACUUUGGUAUACUGAAUAUGAAGAAAAUGGUCAUGUGGAAAUGGAUGGUCAGGCUGGGUUGCUUGGGUCUACUGGAUCCUCUGGGACUUCAGAACAAGGGGAUGGGAACAUGGGAAAGGCAGACGCUGCAGCUAUAGCUGUGUCUGGACCUCAGGAAUUGGUUAGGCAAAUAAUAGACCAACUACACCCGAAUGAAGAGUGCGCGGUGGAAGCCAACAAGCGGCAGGAUUGCGGCUGGCCAGGCAUCACCCCAGAAGAGUGCCAUCGCCGAGGCUGCUGCUUUAAUAGCAUGCCGUUCAGAUCGACCUGGUGCUUUUUCAAGCAAGGUCAUUCCAAAGAGGUUGGCUAUACGAAGUGGCGUGGAAUCUACUACAAGGCAUUCAAGACACACCAAAAGAGCUUCAGCGAUGCAGCUGCGACCUGCCGUGAAGACGGCGGCACCCUCGCCAUGCCCCGAGACUACGACACCGACUCUUUCCUCUUCUCACUGACGGUGCACCACACGACCACCGGCCAGUAUUCUCACCCGUCCUGGUUUGGCCUGAAACGUCGAUACAGUGGAAGCUCAGAAUUCGUGUGGGUUGAUGGCACUCCACUCGGGGGGUACACCGGAUGGCGCCCCGACGAGCCGAAUAACUGGGGCGGCAACGAAGACUGUGUCCAUUACUUGGGUCAUGGAGAUGAUCCGAUGAAAUGGAACGAUAUCGAGUGCGGUGGCAAGAAAGUUUUCAUCUGCCAACGCCCAUGA